CUGUGAUAAGGGAUAGUAUAAAAUGGACAAAUCUGGCAAACAUUAUUCAUAGCAGUGUCGACGAGCGAAGCUAGUAGUGAGUGAAAUCAGUAAAGUGCGUGUAAUUAUAAGAUAUUCCUAUCGUUCAGACGUGUGCUCUGGUGAGUGGUAAAUUUGAAUAUUUUUGAUUUUGUGACAAUUUUGAAAGUUUUAUACAUAUUUUGAGUUUGGGUUCUAAAUUUUUGACUUGUAAGUUGUGAAUAUUUAUUAUUAUUUUAUUACUUAGUGUUGUUUGAUUUGGUCAGUAUUUUUUUAAAUAAUUUCUCAUCCUUUAUUAACGAAAACAUGAACAAAUUCUUAGUCACUAAAGAUACAUUUAAGAAAAUUCGUAAAUUUGGCCUCCAGGGACGAACUCUGGAAUUUAAAAUCAGGGAUGUGUCGCAGAGUGAGGAACCUGUGGGAUGGAUUAAAAAGGCCAUCGAGGGGAUUGUACUUAAGGGAACAGAAGGUUUGGAACCAACCGACCAGGUCGGUUUCACUUUUUGUUCGAAAGACAUUGCCAGAGGUCAGGGUUGGAUGCGGUUCAAGCCUGCCUCUGAAGUGACCGUUGAUGAUAUAUGGGAUAAGAUUAGUUCUAUAUACCAGAGCAACAGCACUGGUCUCAAUACCGAAACAUUUUGUCUGGGUAUUACGACGGUAAAAAUGCCCACGGGAAAAGGUGGUCAGAGAAGAAGAGCCUAUAACUCAUUUAACGAAGAGUGUUCGAAACGACGAGGAAUUAUGGUUAUUAAAAACAAGGAUAAUCUUUGUUUACCUCGUGCUCUUGUGGUUGCUAAAGCUUACGUAGGUAAGGACCAAGAAUGGAAGCAGGUACGUCAAGAUAUUGGAAAAACACAAAUGGAAAGAGCAUUAAAGUUAAUAGCUGAGGCAGCUGUUGUUAUUCCUAGUGACGGAGCUGGAAUUCCUGAAUUACAACAAUUUCAGGAAUACCUUAAAAAUUACAAAAUCGUGGUCUAAAGUUAUGGCAGCAAGGGUCGUGAUAUCAUUUUUGAAGGUAAUGGUGUUGGGUCUUCGUUAAACUUACUUCACCAUGAGGGCCACUUCAACGUGAUCACCUCUUUGACCGCUGCUUUCUGUUGUCGAUAUUAUUGUGAGGAGUGCCAUCAGCCGUUUAACAAUAAAAACGACCACAGAUGUGGUGGUACGUGUUUUGCUUGUCGUCGUUCACCAGCUUGUUCCAAAGAUUGCGUGAAAAUACCCUGCGAUCAAUGUGGGCGAAACUUCUACGGUGAGGCAUGUCUCAAUGCUCAUGCUGGUUCGGUAUGCAAUAAAAUCAAAAGGUGUAAGACCUGUUACAAGAUCUACACCAAAAGUCAUGUCUGUGGUGAGGUCUUCUGUAAAACUUGUAAGAAAAAUUGUCCGUCAGAUCAUCUUUGUUACAUACAGCCCGAUUCUGGUAAGCCUCCGUCAGAAGAUUUUCUAUUUAUCUUUUAUGAUUUGGAAACUCGUCAAGAAAAGGUUUUGCCUGAUGGUUCGCUUCUUCAAGAACCAAAUCUCUGUGUAUUUAAUCAACGUUGUGACAAAUGUAUGGACACUGACAAUAAAAUUUGCAAAAAGUGCGGUUUUCGGUUACAUAUUCUGAAACAAAAUUCUAUUGAACGUUUUGUAGAGUUUGUACUUAAUCAACGUAAACUUUUUAAAAGAGUCGUUGUUAUGGCCCAUAACGGUGGUGGCUUCGACCAUCAAUUUGUUUUAAAUUAUAUUUUAACAAAGACCGAUUUAACCCCCGACCUCAUUAUGCGUGGUACAAAACUGGUCUCAAUGGCUUGUGGUAACGUUCGUUUUCUCGAUAGUCUUAAUUACUGUUCAAUGGCGUUGUCUGCUCUACCUAAAGCUUUUGGGUUGACAGAGUUGAAAAAGGGAUAUUUUCCACAUCUGUUUAACAGGGAGGAAAAUCAAUCUUAUGUUGGACCUAUGCCUGAUCUUAAAUUUUACGACCCCGAUAAUUUAAAAGCUGAUGCACGUGACAAGUUGAUGGCGUGGCACGCUGAAAGAGUAGAUGAGCAAUACGUUUAUGAUUUUCAAAAGGAAAUUGUUGAAUAUUUUAUUAGUGAUGUUGAGAUUUUGACUCAGGCUUGUCUCACUUUCAGAAAACAGUUGAUGGAUACUUCAAAUGUCUGUCCGUUUUUCGAGGCAACAACUGUUGCAUCGACUUGCAACAAGGUAUUCAGGCGUAAUUUCUUACAACCUGAUACUAUAGGCCUUAUUCCAAAAGGGGGCUAUCGCUUUAAGGAUAAUCACUCUAAAAUCGCUUUGCAGUGGUUAUUGUGGGAAGAAAAGCAACGCUGUAUUGAAAUUCAGCAUGCUGCCAGAGGACCUGAAGCUCUUAUUGGAAAUUGUAGGGUAGACGGUCUUACGAAAACACCAUCUUUGAUUUUCAAGGUUGUUAUUAUCACGGUUGUCCUACUUGUUACCAUACAGAUAGAACUGCACCCCUUCAUGACAAUCCUUCAGAUUGUAUGGAAAAUCGUCAUGAUAAAACGAUUGCUAAAGCGUCGUUUAAACACAACGAUAAGUCACAGCAACUAGUUGUGAUGACAAGUUGAAACACUGUUUAGACGCUGCGAUUCAAUGCGAUACCACCUUCAACCCAACUCCAACUUUGAUAAGUUGUGCGAUGCACCGUUUACACACAAUGAUAAGUUGCAACAACUCGAUUGACCUUGAUAAGUUGUUUGAUUUAUCGCUGUGUUUAAACGACCCUUAAAGUUAAGCAUCUCAGAUCAAUAGGAUACGAGGUGGUUGAAAUGUGGGAAUGUCAAUUCCGUAAAAUGCUGACGUCCGAGAUAAAAUCGUAUACCGAGGGACAUCCUUUUAUGGCUAGUUUACCUUUGAAUCCUAGAGAUGCUUUAUACAGUGGUCGUGCAGGCAAUACUGUAGAGUAUUACAAGUGUAAAGAUGGUGAAAAAAUUAAAUACGUUGAUGUUUGUUCGCUUUAUCCGUGGGUAUGUAAGUACAGAAAAUUCCCGGUAGGCCACCCUAAAGUGUAUGUCGGGUAUGAAUGUCAGGAUGUUGAUAUUUCCUCUAUGUCAGGUUUAAUCAGGUGUAAGAUAUUGCCACCUACUGAUCUCUAUCAUCCUAUGCUUCCGGCUAAAAUGAACAGUAAAUGUAUGUUUGUCCUCUGCCGAAAGUGUGGAGAGGACUUUGUUCAGAGUGAAUGUGAGCAUUCCGAUGAAGAGAGGGCUCUCACAGGAACAGGGUUGUGGAAGAAGUGGUAAAAGCUUUAUCUAAAGGUUAUAAGCUGCUGGAAACGUAUGAGAUAUGGUCGUACCAAACCCGUGAAUUGUCAAAAGAUCAAAAAGGGCUGUUCUCUGAUAUGAUGAAAAAAUUUAUCAAAGUGAAGCAACAAGCUUCAGGGUGGCCGCGAAGAUGUGUAUCGGACGAUGAAAAGAGCCGGUACAUCGAGGAGUUUCUUCAGAGGGAGGAUGUCAGGCUGGAGUUUUCCGACAUAACGGAGAACCCUGGAUUAAGAUCGUUGGCUAAGCUUAAGCUCAAUUCUUUCUGGGGAAAGUUCGCUCAGCGAGAGAACCUCCCUAAAACAUCCAUAAUAAACAAGCAUGGAGAAUUCUUCUCAAUGAUGACUAACCCUUCCAUUCAUGUCAAUACGGUGAUUCCUGUGAAUGAGGAAACACUUGUUGUAACUUAGGAAUACGUAGAAGAAGCGGCUUCUAUGUCUCCCACAGUAAAUGUGGUCCUUGCCUCAUACGUCACAGCUCUGGCUCGUCUCAAGCUAUAUUCCUAUUUAGAUCGGGUUCUCAAAAGAGCUUAUUACUGUGACACAGAUUCCAUAAUAUAUCUUUCUCAGCUUGGUUUACCGGACCUUUCUACCGGUGAUUGCAUCGGUGAUCUGACGGAUGAGCUUGGUGGUGGAUACAUUUCGGAGUUCGUUUCUGGAGGGCCCAAAAAUUACGCAUAUUAUAUAAGUAUACUUUACCUAAUGGGGAAGAAAAAAUAUGUUGUAAGGUUAAAGGUAUUUGUCUAAAUUAUGAGGCUUCUAAAGUAGUUAAUUUCGACACCAUUAAGAAGAUGGUACUUAUGAAGUCUGAUCCUGUUUCUGUGGUGACUAAACAAAUACAAAGGACGCAGGAUCAUUGUGUUAUCACAAAAACCCUUGAAAAAAAAUAUAGACCAAAUUCAACCAAACGAAAAUUUUUUGACGAUUUUAGUUCCGUCCCUUUUGGUUAUAAAAAACUUAAAGUUUAACAUAUAGUCCAAGUUAUGCCGAAAGACUUUUUUUAUUUUACAACUAUACCUUUCUAAUUUAAAAACUCAAACAUUGACAUUUUUAAAUUAGUAUGUUAUAUGUUAAUAGAUGACUUUUGUUUUUUUUAACAAUGUAUUUUUUCCUCUACUAUGAGAUACAAACGAUCGUCUGUCACACUGAAAAAGUGGGUUACUAAAAUGCUGUAGUGAGUUGUCGUUUGUCCUACCAGAUUAAAAAUAUACUUUGUCACAUCGUUAAAAGAUGUUCAGUUAAGACCAUUAAAAGAUAUCUGAUAUAGCCCACUGGCAAAUUAAUGAGCCAUUCUGGUUAACUCCGUUGCUCGUGUAGCCGCUCAUUAUAAAAGAUGGCAAUCAGAUCAUAAAAAGAAGUCUGCUGAACCACAUAGAUUUAGUUAGUUUAAAAAAGAUAUUCAGUUAAGGUCACUAAAAGAUAUUCGUUAUACUUUGAUAAAAUGUACUAUAAAUAAUGUUAAUAAAAAGAUACCUGCUGAACCACAUAGAUUUGUCUAGUUUAAAAAGAUGUUCAGUUAAGGUCACUAAAAGAUAUUUGCUCUACUUUGAUAAAAGUACUAUAAAUAAUGUUAAUAAAAAAAAAUACCUGCUGAACCAUUUCCUGUAUUUUUAAAAUAUAAUAAAAAGUUUUCGGCUAUGAACCACUUUGUGAUUUUGUAACAUCAUUACAGCUUUGCUCGUUACUUACUAGAAUAUGGGCAAACAAUCGCUUGUUCUAUGCUAUCAAAAAUAUAUAUUGAAUCAACAUCACAUUUAUAUGUUUGAUUCCUCUAAGAAAAUUCGGUGGUUGUAGGCCUCUAGGGGAUGGUGUCCACUAUAAAACACCAACGAGGUAUGUGUUGUACCUCAUGGGUGCCUUGGAAAUCAACACGAGUAACCUUUGUUUCAGAUUAUCCGUGAAAAAUCAAC